AUGUCCAAUAUUCUUCCUAAUCUCGAAACUUUUGCCAAGGGUGCUUUUGCUACCGCUGCUGGUGUCUCGACAGUUGGAGCCGGGCUGUUGUGGUACGGGCAGAACUACUUGAUAUACCCGUCUGCCUUUCCCCCUGGCUCGCGAACAGACGUACCUAUACCCUCAGACUUCGGACUUCCUUACGAAGACCUUGUAUUGCAUACACCGGAUGGAGUGACACUGAGAAGCUAUCUACUACUCCAAUCGAAGGUGCUAGACAACCCCCAAACGGCCGAAAUUGCAUUUGAUCGACGGGAAACGGAUGAACAGUUUCGAGCUAGUCGCCCGCUCGUGAUGAUGUUCCACGGCAAUGGCGGUAAUCACGGCCAUCGCAUUCCGUUAGCCAAAACUUUCUUCCUGAGGAUGCGUUGUAACGUCCUGAUGCUUUCAUAUCGUGGGUAUGGAAAGUCAGACGGGGAGCCUUCUGAAGCAGGACUUUGUACCGACGCUCAGGCGGCAUUAGACUUUGUCAAGUCAGAUCCCGUGCUGCAGCAAUGCCCACUCGUAUUGUACGGUCAAUCAAUAGGCGGUGCGGUUUCCAUAGAUCUCGCAAGCCGUAACCCUGAUUCAAUAAAUGCCCUAAUUUUAGAGAAUACCUUCCUAUCAUUGCCUCGACUCAUUCCCCACGCUUUGCCAGCACUCAAGCAUUUCUCCUUCCUGUGCCACCAGAAAUGGGAUUCAGCCUCAAAAGUACCACUGAUACCCGCGAAGACCCCAAUUCUCAUGCUCAGUGGGCUAUUGGACGAAGUCGUUCCCAAAGAGCAUAUGCGGCAACUUUGGGAAAUCGUCGCCUCACGUGGGCAGAAGCGAAAGGGGAAUGCCACCACUUCUUCAAACAAUACAAAGCCUGGGCUUGAAAGGGCGAAGUUCAUCGAAUUCGAAGACGGCGAUCACAAUAAUACCUGUGUCCAGCCCGGGUACUGGCAAGCCGUCGCUGAUUUCGUUGCUAGUUUGGCCUAUAUGGAUACGGCAAGCUCCCAGAAGUCGUAA